UCCGUCUCCUCUACAUCCAUCUCCCUCUCCUCCCUUCUCUUCUAUCCCUUUCUCUCCCCAUCUCUGUCUCUGGGAAUCCAGUUCAAUUCACCCACAAUGCUGCGCGGCUGCUUAAAACCCACUAUUGGUGCCAACCCAAUGUUCCCCUGCUACUACUACUUGCCCUUGCCCGCUCUUCUUCUUCCUCCUCCCAACUAGCUCCGCUCUGCUCAGCUUCAACCUCUGCCGUGCUAGCCACUGCCCUCUAUUCUCCAUAGUAGAGAGAGCUGGGACCUGCGAGUGUUGUCCUCAACAAGCUAGCUUCCGGGAGGGAGGGAGGGCCAUAUCUUGCAGCUAGAUCGCACCCUGCCCUCUGCAACUGAAGCUCGUCAUCAGUCCAUAGCUGCUGCGAUCGACGAUCCGAGCCAUGAACCAAUUCGUGCCUGAUUGGGGAAACAUGGGAGACGCCUCCAGGCCACUCGGGGAGGACGAUAACCUCAUGGAGCUGCUCUGGUGCAACGGCCACGUCGUCAUGCAGAGCCAGGGCCACCGGAAGCUUCCACCGAGGCCAGAGAAGCCUGCGCCUGCGCCGGCGGUGCAGGAAGACGAUCCCGGUCUGUGGUUCCCGUUCGCGCUCGCCGACUCGCUCGACAAGGACAUCUUCUCGGACCUCUUCUGCGACGUGCCACCACCGGGGGCGACCGACAACACGAGCAGGGAAGUAGACUGCAAGCCGAGCGAACUGAUGCCGCCGCCCAAGUCCACGCACGUGUCCAGCUCCCAGAGGCAGCAGCAGUCGAUGAGCAUAAGCCUUGCGGACAACGCCGGGGAGCUGUCGGACCUGGUCCAGGCCCGGGCGGGGAAGGCGGCGGCGGUGGAUGAGGGCGCGUCGUCGACGCUGAGCGCGAUCGGGGCGAGCUUCUGCGGGAGCAACCAGGUGCAGGUGCAGCGCGGCGCGGCGAGCGAGCAGGGCCGCGCCGCCACCACCGCCUACGGCGGCGGCAGCGCCAUGCCGUCGGCGAUGGGGAGCGGAAAUGCAAACGCCAUAGGCCGGGGCCACGAGGCCACCGCCGCCUCCUCGUCGGGGCGGUCCAACUACUACUGCUUCGGCGGCGCCACAACCACGACAACCACGACGACGACCACCGGCACCGAGCCGACGAGCACCAGCAACCUGAGCAGCAAGCGCAAGCGCGGGCUCGACACCGACUACUCCACCGAGAGUCCCAGCGAGCAGGACGCCGAGUCGGAGUCGGCCGCCCUUAAGCGCAAGCCGCCGCAGAAGCUCGCGACGGUGCGGAGGAGCCGCGCCGCCGAGGUGCACAACCUCUCCGAGCGGAGGAGACGAGACAGGAUCAACGAGAAGAUGCGUGCUCUGCAGGAGCUCAUACCCCACUGCAACAAGACUGACAAGGCGUCGAUGCUGGACGAGGCGAUCGAGUACCUGAAGACGCUGCAGAUGCAGGUGCAGAUGAUGUGGAUGGGCGGCGGGAUGGCGGCGCCGCCGGUGAUGUUCCCGGGCAUGCACCAGUACCUCCCCCAAAUGGGGGCGCGGAUGCCCUUCAUGCCGCCGCAGCGGGUCGUGCCCGGCGCGCAGCCGGGCCACCGCAUGCCGGAGCACUACGCGCACUUCCUCGGCGCCGUCAACCACCUGCAGCCGCCGCUGCCGUCCCACCACCACCACCAGCAUUACGCGCAGGGGCUGGGCUACUACCCGCUAGGGGCGAAGGCCGAGCAGCAAAAUCCGGCGCUACACCACGGGCCGAACGGCAGCGGUGGCGCCAUGCCCGCCGCCAACGCGACGCAUCCGAACAAAAGAUGAGGGAAAUUACCAAAAACGUUAAGAGAAGAAAAUAUACAUGGCUGCACUGAUCCAGUAAGAAGUAUGGCAAUAAAAAAGAAAGGAGCUUCCGGCUGCGGUUUCACAGCAUGCAGGGUGGAGCAGAGGAAACGCUGAUGGAAAUCAAGCGGCCGGCAUCUUUCUUCACUUUCUACCUGUUUUUGGAGCUGUGUCUUGUGCAGGAAAAGUCUAGCAGGUCCUUAGUCUCUCUAGCUAACUGGUUGUAUUGUCAAUAUAUAACCUUUUGGAUUUUGUUCAGAUGAUACAUGGGAUUGUUGUCUACCAAUUGGACAUACACCCCUCUCUUACUAAUAUGAAAUUCACUUUUAUUUUGUCUCA